AGCGGGAGGGAGGGGGUUCGGUUCGGCGGCUCGCGCUCAGAGAGCAGCUUUCACCAUGAGCUGACUGUGAUCAUCACUCCUCCUCAUCCUCCUGCUGCUCCUCGCGCUCAACCUGUCAUUACUGCACCGAGGAGCGCGCGACCGUCCCGCCAGGAGAGCUAGGGGUGAUUAAUAAAGAGUGAAACAGUAAAGAGCAGCGGAGAGAUGGAGCUCUGAUCAGCGUCAGAGCGCAGAGAGAGAGAGAGAGAGAGAUGGAGCGCGCAGCGGCGGCUGAGAAUGCUAUGGAGGGGACAGGGACGGGCACGAGGACGGGGUCUGCUUGAUGCACGCGAGCAGCGGGCGUCGCCGAGGCGACAGCAGAUCGGCACCGAGCGCAGCACGAGCACGAGCACGCGGAGGGGGAGGAGGAGGCUCGCGCCCGCGCUCGCGCCAUGGGCUGCGCGCCCAGCAUCCACGUCUCUCAGAGCGGAGUGAUCUACUGCCGCGACUCGGACGAGUCCAACUCCCCGCGCCAGACCGCCGCGCUCUCGCACGGGCUUUUCGUGAAGAGCGACGCGGCCGACUCGCUGCCCUCCGUCAUCGCCUACCAGAGCGGCCGGCGCGCGCGCAGCGGCUCCCGGCGCGAGCGGACAGAUUGCAGCGGCGGCAUUGCGCAUGCGUGCACCGAAGCCGAGACCCAGACCAGCCACGCCAGCGUGAAGGUAUCUGCUACUGAAGAAUGUAUUGGGCCUAUGCGUCUGACCCAGGAAGCAACGCAGGUGUUGCUGGUGUUUGCUAAGGAGGAUGGGCAGAGUGAUGCGUUCUGGUGGGCGUGUGAGCGGGCGGGGUUCAGGUAUAACGUUGCGCACACGCCUGAGUCUGCGGUCGAAUGCUUCCUAGACAAACACCAUGAAAUCGUCGUUAUCGAUGGGAGAAGCACACGCUACUUCGAGGCCGAAGCGGUCUGCCGGCUUAUCCGAGCCACCAAGCCUUCUGAACACACUGUUAUUCUUGCUGUGGUGCCACAAACCCCCUCAGAUCAAGAGGAGCCCUCCGUGUUGCCUCUACUGUGUUCUGGUUUCUCCAGAAGGUUUGUGGAGAACACCAGUGUGUCAGCCUGCUAUAACGAGCUGAUACAGAUCGAGCAUGGAGAGGUUCGCUCCCAGUUUAAACUGAGAGCCUGCAACUCUAUUUUCACUGCACUGGAGCACUGUCAAGAAGCUGUAGAGAUCACUAGUGAGGAUCAUGUCAUACAGUAUGUAAACCCUGCCUUUGAGAGGAUGAUGGGAUACCACAAAGGGGAGCUGAUAGGAAAGGAGCUGACAGAGUUUUCCAAGAGUGAUAAGAACUGUGCCGACUUGCUGGAGUCCAUCAACAACUGCAUCAAGAAGGGAAAGGAGUGGCAGGGGAUUUGUAAUGCCAGGAGGAAGUCAGGAGACAGCAUCCAGCAGCAUGUCAAAAUUACCCCCGUUAUCGGCCAGGGAGGGAAGAUCCGGCAUUUCGUGGCCAUCAAGAGGCCUCACUGUGACAGCAACAGACAGGUCCAUAAGAUCAGUAGAGAUGAACGAUGCUGUGGAGAAAACACAGAAUGCAAUUCCCUACGUCAUAAGGACCGGAGGAAAGAGUCUGUGGACGUCAGGUCAAUCAGCUCGCGCGGCAGCGACGCCCCCAGUCUACAGAACCGAAGGUAUUCCUCCAUGGCACGAAUUCACUCGAUGACUAUAGAGGCUCCCAUCACUAAGGUGAUAAACAUAAUAAACGCAGCGCAGGAAAGCAGUCCAGUAACGGUAGCAGAAGCGCUGGACCGGGUGUUGGAGAUUUUACGCACUACAGAGCUCUACUCGCCACAGUUGGGCUCCAAAGAGGAUGAUCCUCAUACUAAUGACCUCGUGGGAGGGCUCAUGAGUGAUGGCCUCAGGCGUCUCUCAGGAAACGAGUAUGUUUUCUCCAAAAGUUCAUUUCAGAAUAUGAGUCAGAGCCAGUUGGCAGUACCGGUACCGCUGACAGACGUGCCGGCCUCCAUCGCUGAGAUACUGAACGAGGAGGAACACUGGGACUUCAGCAUCCUGGAGUUGGAGGCUGCUACACACAAGAGGCCCCUAACGUACCUGGGAUUGAAGAUCUUUGCUCAUUUUGGAGUUUCUGAGUUUCUGAACUGUACAGAGGCUGUGAUGCGCUCGUGGCUGCAGAUGAUCGAAACUAAUUACCAUGCCUCCAACUCCUACCACAACUCCACUCAUGCAGCUGAUGUACUCCACGCUACUGCCUACUUCCUGCGCAAAGACAAAGUCAAGGGCAGUCUGGACCAGCUAGACGAGAUAGCAUCGUUGAUAGCAGCGACAGUUCAUGACGUGGAUCACCCAGGCCGGACCAAUUCGUUCCUGUGUAAUGCCGGCAGCGAACUGGCCAUCCUGUACAACGACACAGCCGUACUGGAGAGCCACCACGCUGCACUCGCCUUCCAGCUGACUGUCAGAGACAGCAAGUGCAAUAUCUUCAAGAACAUGGAGAGGACUCAGUUUCGAACUCUGAGGCAGGCGAUCAUAGACAUGGUGCUGGCCACAGAGAUGACCAGGCAUUUUGAGCAUGUGAACAAGUUUGUAAACAGCAUCAACAAGCCUAUGGCUGCCAUUGAAGAGUCCAGCUCUAAUAGUGAUGGGAGUGAUUGUGAAGGCCAGGCCAACGUGCGGAAUUCUCCAGAGAAUCGUCUGCUGAUAAAGAGGAUGAUGAUCAAAUGUGCUGACGUGGCGAAUCCCUGCAGACCCCUGCAGCUCUGCAUCGAGUGGGCAGGCCGCAUCUCAGAGGAGUACUUUGCCCAGACGGAUGAAGAAAAAAGACAGGGGCUGCCCGUUGUCAUGCCUGUGUUUGAUCGGAACACUUGCAGUAUUCCCAAAUCCCAGAUUUCCUUCAUCGACUAUUUCAUCACGGAUAUGUUCGAUGCCUGGGACGCAUUUGCUGGUCUGCCCGGGUUAAUGGAGCACCUGACUGAGAACUACAAGUACUGGAAGAGUUUGGACGAGAUGAAAUGUAAAAGCCUUCGGCCGCCCCCUCCUCCAUGACCUCUCCGACUGUCCCCGACUGCCUGCUCCCCUAUUAAGGCCAAAGGUCAGAGGUCAAGCUCGGGGACCUGAAUGUAGCGUGUUUCUCUAAUCAAACCUCCCCACUGUGACGGUAGAACGCCAGCCGGACCCUCGAAGGUUCCUUCUACAAAUGUAGACUAGCAGUCCGUGGAGGUGAGCCUCGGCAACAGUCGCCUCGGCAAUGGUCACCCCGGUGGCGGAGCUGCCUCCACCCCUGACGACAAUCGCCCCGGUUACAAGGGUACAACGCAAAUGAAAAAAAAGGACAAAGCGCACUUUAGAAGUGGACCAACCUCCUCUAGAUUUCUUACUCGUAACCCUUUUCUCGUCCAGCUCCUGUUCUCUUUGAUACGCUGUUGUUCUACAGGACUACGUUUUAUAAAAUCGUUGCGUAAGAGGACUAAUUUGAACUGAUAGUUUAUUCCAUUUUAUGAAAAGGACUUUGCCGCCGGACUUAAAACACCUAGAGAGAGAGAUGUUAUAUAAAACACACACAAGAAAAAUGCGUAACAAGACGAUAGUGUGACGUGCUCAGGAAGCAGGAGUGUGUGUUGGGGAUGUGUGUGUGUGUGUGUGUGCAAGUGAGUGUUUGUGACCCUGCUUGGUUUCCCUACCGAAACUCGCUGCUUACUCUUCUUUCCUUUAGAAUCAAGUAUUUAUUUUUUAAUUCAAGCCAUUCCUCACAUUUCUGUCAAGCCUUCAAGAACAAGCUGAUUAUUCUGGCUCUCAAGAUGUAGUGAUUACAACAAAAGAAGCGAGUGCAGUUUUUUCUGUCAGUGUUGUGCCAACAUGGACGGGUGAACGAGAUCUGCAGUCAGGUCGAGUGUACUAGCUCUCUUUCACACUCCACCAUCAAUAUUGCAAAGAAUUCCUUCACUCACAGCUGCCUUCAGACACUGUUACAGCACUGUGCAGGAGUUAGAGACCGACAUUUACAUUACUGUCAUUUCUAGACCAUUAAGGCAGAGAUAUGAGCACAGCAAACUGAGCACAACUAAAUAUAAUAUUAAAAAAUAUAUAUUUAGAGCAUCCACCUUUACCUUUAUUUCUGCUUUGGCAACAGUGUUUCUACAGAAAUAUGUAGAAAAUUAAAAAAAUACCAGCUCAUCUGUUAAAUAUGGUGAUGGAGGUGUUCUGAAAUCUGCAGGAAGAUCCAAAUCAUUCUGCUUCAUUUGUUAAACAUGGUGGUGGAGGUGUUUUGAAAUCUGCAGGAAGAUCCAAAUCAUCCUGCUUCAUCUGUUAAUCAUCUGGUGGGGGUGUUCUAUGAACCCAGAGAAAAAGUUCUCUAUCUAAUGAAUGACCUAAUCUUAUACUCUAAUCUUAAUGGCUGUUUUGACUGGAAAUGAAAUCAUGUUGUCUCUAACUUCUGCACAGUACCACACCGACUCACUGCAGUGUUCUAGAACAAUGUCUGUACCACACGGCACUGUUAAACAACCAGAAUGUUGUCUCUAGAUCAAGUUUGAGCUUGAAUAAACCCCACACAGGUUUAUCUGUGUACUACUCGCCAGGGCGAAUACGAUCAGGCCUGAAAUGUUCUCGGUCUUAAAGAGAAAGCUCUUCAGUGUUUUCUGAGGGGUGUGUGUAUAUCUGCAUCAGUCCUCAGACGUGUGUUCACACUGUCUUUUUUGGAGUGGAUGAUCAUUCCAAACAUUUCUAUAAGCUAAUGGCUUGUAUCUGUCUCUCGCUCUUUCUUUCACUCUUCCCUUCAGGGCUUUAAGGACGUGUGAGGAAUCAAUAAUAGAAAUUUCAAAGAUUACUGUAGAUCUCCGAGCACUUUCCAGAGAAACUGUAUUUAUGACACUUACUGUAUUGUUGAGAGCGAGGCGCGCUGGUUUGUGCGUGCGUGUGUGUGUGUGUGUGUGUGUGUGAGAGCGAGAGAGACGAGAGGCUAGAUUGUAUUUAUUUUUGAACAUCCAUAGACAUAGGUUUGUCUGGUUAUGAAUGUGCGGAUUAUGAAAGCAUGGCUUUCCAUUUUUAACAAAGAAUCAGUCCUACACAUUUCAUCACGCACUUCACAGUCCUCAGAGCAGUGUGUGUUUUUUUUGUGUGUGUGUGUAUGUGAGAGAGAGAAUCACAGCAUUUUUUUGUUUUGUUUCCAUAGUGUCUUUUGUGUGUGUGUGAAAGAUACACUACAUGUCUAAGGGCGUUUUCACACCAGCACUAUUUGGUCCAGUUAAAACGAACUCUGGUCCGUUUGUAACUUUGCACUCGGGUGCGGAUCAAACGAACCGGACUGAGACCACCUAGAGGAGGUGGUCUCGGUCCAGUCCCAUACGAACUCUGGAGCGCUUCGCUUGUGGUGAGAACGUAAUCCGGUCUCGAUCCGACUCAGCUAUUAAAUAUAGUCCUUUUAUUUGAGCUAAACUGCUGAUAAGGCGCAGUUUAAUCUGAUAUAUUAGCCAGAUAACACUAAUUACCACAGCUAUGAAUAAACGCUGUGUCCAUGCAGGCGCAGUCUGAGAGCAUUCAGUGUUAAAGCACAGAUAUUCACGCUGGAACACAGAAUCUUCUCGCUAUAUUUACUUUUUUCGUAUAUGUAUAUUUACUCCCACACCAGAUAGCUCUGACCAAUCAGAGGACACAGCCUGUUGUGUGGUUUAUUGGUGCGCAUUUUGGUGCAUUUACAUUUAUGUCUGUGUGAAACCAGAACAAACAGAGGGAAAAACGCUCCAAGUAAACAAACUCAUCAACUGAUUUGGACCAGAGAAACCAACUACAGGUGUGAAAACGCCAUAAAUGUUUGUGGACACUCCUGAAAAUUGAUUCAGUUAAUUUAUGUUGCACCCAUUGCUUGGCUAGUCCAUUUAGAGAAGUACUGCCUAUAGAAUAGAACUCUCUGAAGCAGAUAAACAUGAAAUUAUUGGGGACAUCGCAAACGCCAGGUGUGGGCUAAAGCUAAAGCUAUUACUGACUCAGAUGCAGAGCAGUGGAACUGUGUUCUCUGAAAUGAUGGUGCUCCAUCCAUUUCUUUUGGGAUUAGUUAGGGUGUGGGGAUGAGGUAAGGUAGUGAUCAUCUUCCCUAAGUAAUAGAAAAAGUUUACAGGAAACAGCUGAGUUCAGAUGUAGACCUGGAGUAUAUACGGAAGGAGACAGGGCAGGAAGAUUUAGGUAUUAGUUCACGCUUUCUAUAUAGCAGGGAUUUCCAAACUUUUGCAACUCACGGCUCAGUUAGCCUUCUGCAAAAAUAUCUGUACUAGAACUAGAACAAAAAGAAAAUAAAAUUGUUUUUGGUACCAGAAUUAUUGGUCUUCACCAACUGUAUGGAAGAAAGUUAUUCUUUAAUGAGAGUCUAUAUAAGAUUCUCAUUUUAAGAGCAGAGCUGUGGAUAGUUUAAAAACACACUAUGAAUCUGAUGUAGAUUUAAAAUCAAGAAGGCUUUCUUCUAGAACUAAUUUAAGAACAUUCUUAAGAAGAUAUUGGAGAAUGAGGCCAACUCUCUAGUGCUGUGUGAAGUGAUUACAGAACUGGCCAGUGUGAACGAAAGGUGAGAAUUAGAAAAGCUGCUCACGUGUCUCCCUCUAGUGGUGAAUGACAGGACAUACAUUUGGUCCUGUUUAUAAAGCCCUCUAGUACAGUGGUUUUGUAACCCUGGUCCUGGAGUUCCACUGGCUUACAGGUUUUAGGGUUGAUUGUAUGAAUACGGGUUAAGCCUGGUCAUGCAUGUAUCAUAAAUGUAUUUCUCUCAUACUGAAUUUGUUAUAUACAGUGAGGUGUUUUAUUUUUAGUUUUGUUGCAAUAUUUCCAGUUCCAAUGGAAAGAGCUUGUAAAGUAUUUAUGUACCAAGUGUCCAAAAUAGUUUUUUCAGCUUCAUGCCCCCCAGUCAGUGUAAAUCUGAUGUGCUGGUAUAUACAGCUCUGGAAAUCUGAAUCAGUUUCUCUGAUUUUGCUAUUUAUAGGUAAAUGUUUGAGUAAAAUGAACAUUGUGGUUUUAUUCUAUAAAUUUUGGACAACAUUUCUCCCAAAUUGCAAAUUAAAUAUAGAAAAUGAGAAUUGGCUGAAAAAAAAAGCAAAAAAAAAGCAGAGCUUUCAGACCUCAAAUAAUGCAAAGAAAACAAAUUCAUAUUCAUAAAGUAGAGUUAAGACAUCAGGGUGGAAUAACCCUGAUUUUCAUGCAUCUCUGCAUGUUCUCCUCCACCAGUCUUACACACUGCUUUUGGAUAACUUCAUGCCACUCCUGGUGCAAACAUUUAAGCAGUUUAGCUUGAUUUGAUGGCUUGUGAUCAUCCAUCUUACUCUUGAUAAUAUUCCAGAGGUUUUUAGUUUGGUAAAAUCAAAGAAACUUAAAAUUUUAAGUUGGUCUCAUAUUAUCUAGAGCUAUAUAUAUGUAUAUAUUUGUGUAAUGAGUUUGUUUACUUGACUGGCCAAAGGUACAAGUACUAGUCUACGAGGUGCUUAAUCAUUCUGUAUUCUCUCUAAGCUGGUGUCCAGGAGGCUCAUAUGUGUUGACCUUGUAGCAUAGUCAUGCCACACAGCCCACAAACCUAGCCCUAGAUCAUUUACACAGAACCUGACAGUGUUUGGAAGUAACAGAUGCAAGUACUGGUGCCAUUUGUAUUAAGCUAGUAAUAAAAGCAUUUCACAGUAGAGCUGGGAGACAGUUGUGUUGCCCUUAAGCCAUUUAUACCUGCAACUAUGCUAAGGCUAACAGUUUGACCAAGGCUGUAUUGGGCAGCUCUUAUCAGGAAAAAAAAAGAAAAGGCUGAAUAGGAACAUUCACAACUGCUGAUAAACAAAGACACAAGGUUCUCGACAUGAACAGACAUCAGCUUACUUAGUUAUGAAUCGUGUAGGAAACAGAACACUGGGCCUCUUUCACCAAUAUUAUCUUCUUUAAGAAUGUCUUUUAAUUCGUUCUUGAGAAAAGGUCUAAUGAAAACUACAUCAGAUUCAUGUGUUUUU